GCCCCGCAGAGGCUGCCCCGUGAGCCGCUCCGCCCGGGUCCCGCCGGAACAGAUCCCUGCCAUGUUUGCGUUUUUGAUAGUGCUGUGUCAACUGCAUGUGAUGGUGUUGGCGUUUCCUCACUGCCCUGGGAGAUUAAAUAACUUGAAGCAACCUGAAUGGAAAGAUGUUUUCACAUCAGCAAAGGAGGCCAAUUUAUUCAUUGGACGACAUCUUCUGAACAACAGAUUUGAUUUUGAAGCAUUCACAGAUGAUAACCUGGAAAGGGAAUGCUAUGAAGAACUGUGCAAUUAUGAAGAAGCAAGAGAAAUUUUUGAAGACCCUGAUAAAACGAUGGAUUUUUGGAAAGAAUAUUCAACUAAAGGCCCUAAAAUAAAAAUAGGUGAUGAAGCACUACAAAAGGUGAAUGUCACAGGACUGCUCAUCAGCCUGGUUGCUGCUGGAGUGCUGUUGGUUAUAAUUGCACUGAUUAUCUUCUACUGCUGCAAAAGCAGAUGCAAAUCAAGACAACCACCGGGGUAUUUGGAUUAUGUAAGAAGCAGAAGACGUAAUUCAGCCAACAUCUUCAGAAGGCAUGAAGAGUUUUCUUUGAACCCUCUUCCUCUCAGAACUGAUGAUUCAGGAUUACCCACUUAUGAGCAAGCAGUUACUUCAGCUGGACAACACAAUGUGCCCCCACCCCCUUAUCCAGGGCCCCCAAGAGAUGCACGAGUGUUYCUAAAGUCCAUGUCUCUCCCUGGCCCCUAAUCACAAACCUUUUGGGGUGAGAGAAGAUUACUGGAAYAUACUUCUGAAAAAGUAUGUGCUACCUUGCAUAUUGCAAGAUGAUUUUCAAAAAUGUGAAAGAUCUUUUGGACAGCUAGGAAUGAGUGAAGUUCCCAUUUGGGAAAUGAGGUCACCUGUUGCAAAGGCUGCAGGAUUAUUCUUUGCACAAAAUCACUGUGCUAAGAGGAGGGAAUGCAUAAAGACUGCUGCCCUCUUCCAUAUGCACUUUGAGCCAUCCCAUCAAACUAUUGAUGUUUCAUUAAUAGUUUMAUCUCUUUCUUCUUCAGAAAGAACAGUAUUUUGAUUGCUCAUAUUGACACUAACCAUUUUUUGUGACUUAAUACUUUAAAUCACCAUAAGAAGUCUACUUUGUUGUUUGACAUACUUCUUUGCUGUGUGAAUUUUCUCUUCAUUCUUGUAAUAGAUUUGAGUGUGAAAAUUAUUUCAUGACUUGAUCUUUYAAAUAUAUGUAUAUAUGGUAUUGCUACUGGAUUACACUGGUUUUCAAUUCAACUUUUGCCMUGCUUGCAAAAGCAUUUUGAAGUUCUCGAAGUUCUGUGAGACUGAAAUAAGUGAAUUGUGUGAGGUCUCUGUUGACAGUCAAGCUACAAGUUUAUGAGAAGCUGUGGAAUUAUGAGCUUGCAAAAACAUUCUCCCAUAUUUCCCUUUCAUUUAGCUUGCACUUUUAAAAUUUGUUAAUGUACAUUUUAAGCUCUAGAGCAGCACUCUCUUCCCUAUUCUUAAUGCCUAGCUUUAUGUUUAAAGAGGCUAUGUGCCAAAUUAAAUGCAAAAUCUAAUCUGUUAAAGCAACUGAAAUCUUUUGCUUUGGUCAGAAUCACAAUUACAACAACAAACAACACAGCUAGUGAUUAAUAACAGGCCUAACCAAGACUCAUGUUAUUACUGCCUAUCUGAUCUACUCACUCAUUCCUGCUCAUGCAGGAUACCACAGGCUGGCAGCACCCACAGCUGGCACAAAGGUGCUGCAUCCAGGAUCUGUAAGAGGGGAAAUGGCUUCACAAUGAAAAUGAGUAGCUUUGUAUUGGAUAGUAGGAGGAAAUUCUUUGCUGUGUGAGUGGUGAAGCCCUGGCACAGGCUGCCCAGAGUAGCUGUGCUUGCCCCAUCCCUGUAAAUGCUCAAGGACAGGCUGGAUGGAGUUCUGAGCCUGCUCCAGUAGAAGGUGUCCCUACCCUUGGUAGAGGGGCUGGAACUCGAUCUUCAAGGCCCCUUCCAACCCAAAGCAUUCUAUGAUUCUAUGAUAUACAACAUGCAAAACCAUUACACUCAAACAUUGGCCAAUAUUUUUCUGUUAACAUGAAUAAUAACUAUAGCUCACUAUGCAUCUAAGAGCUUAAUAAAUAUAUACAUAAAUAAGCUACAAAUAAAUAGAUUUACACUAAUUGUGAACAGGAGCAUUACUUUGGCCUUGGAUCUGUGAUUGAUGUAUUGCUCUAAUUGUGAUUAAAUCACAGAAAACUGCCAACUCGCCGUUAGCUUGAUCCUGCAUUUCAUUUGGCAUAUGGUCACUCUAAACAUGUAACUAGGCCUCAGAAAGCAAUAUUGCCAUUCAACAUUGUGUAACACUGAAUGAUUUAAACAGAAAGAGGAAAUAGGGAAGUUUCCCUAAGGGGCAGUGUAUAUUAGCUAACA